GCUCAUCUAUAGAGAGAAACUUCUCUCUUCGCUCUUUCUUAAACCUGCAACCCUCACCUUAUUCCCUUUGUCUCUACAUCUCUAUAAUUCUGGUUAUGAUCUCUGUGAACAACGAGAAAUCUGAGAGCCUAAGCUCCUCCCCAGCUCUCGGCUUCCCCCGCGCUAGGUUCUACCGUUACCGCCGUUUGAGGUGAUCGAUUCCUUAGUUUAAAAAAAAUGCCGAGCCCUUCCAAGAGUGGUCACCGAAGAGGGAAUGAAGAGAAUGGGAGAGGAAAGAAAUUGGGGAACAGGGCAGCAUCGUUUCACGGGCGAGCCCAUCUGACUGAGGUUGAGAUUCGCCGGCCAAAGACUGUCCCGAAUCUUCUUUCUGCUGGAAAAUUGCAGGAAAUUUCAAGAGAGAUGCCGAGCAGGCUGACGAAGUUGCUGCUGAAUGUAACGAUACAGAGGAGCUUCGGAGCUGUACAGGUGGUGAUGUCACCAGAAUUGAUGGUUGGAGAUCUGAUUGUAGCGGCGGUGAGGUUGUAUGCCAAAGAAGGGAGAAGGCCUUUGCUACCCACGACGGACCCAUCAGAUUUCGACCUCCAUUAUUCUCAGUUUAGCUUAGAAAGUCUGAAUCGGGAGGAAAAGCUGAAAGAACUGGGGUCAAGGAAUUUUUUCCUGUGCCCCAAGAAGCCAAACGAAGCUGCGGCGGUACUGGAUGCGUCUUGUUCGAAUCAAGCUCAGAAGGUUUCGAAAAUCUCUAUUCCCUGGCUUAGGUUCAUGGAUUUCCUGCUGUAGCUUGUAGAGAGAGAGAGAGAGAGAGAGAGAGAGAUGAUAUAGA